GCUGCGUUCGAAGAGGUUUAGUUCCUGGCCAACUUGCUACAUAUACCGUACGUGGUAUGUUUCAGUCUCUGCUUACAUUGUCCAUGCUCAGGCUAAAACGACCUCGCGAUGCCAGUAACACCCUACACUAUGCCCCUCGACUCCGUCCACACAAUGUUCGCUCCUAAGAUCUCCCAGCUGUUCUAUCCGCAGGCAGCAAGCCUCAUCGCACUCGCUCCAUCCGAGACCAUCCUCAAACGCACUGCCCUCACGGGCGGUGCAUCCUGGCUCGACAUCUUCCUCCUCGCGCCGGGCAUCCUCUCCCAGCAGGACGCGCCCAAGGUGAACGACAGCGAGUACCCCGCCACGGCCGCCAUGACGACUGGCUACGUCUUCCGCGUCGAGAACCAGGCCACCGUCGGCUACCUCCAGCGCAUCGGCAAGACCGGCCACCUCACGACGCUGCACGUCGAGGAGCGCCCCGACUCGCUGCACAUCGACCCGCUCGCGUCCUUCGCCUACCUCGCCGGCGUCGCCUCGACCGCGUGCGUCGCCGCGGCCCUCGCCAAGCUCGGCGACCACGCCGCCCUCGGCUUCCUCGGCUCCCUCAUCGCCGCCCGCGCGCUCAACGUCGCCGUCCUCAAGCGGCGCGCGCGCAAAGGCUGGAAGGGCAUGCCCGAGCCCGGCACGUACGGCGACCUCAUGGUCCUCGUCAGCCAGGACAAGUGGGUCCGCAUCCGCGGCCUCGUCGACGACCUCAAGACGGUCACCGCCGGGCAGUGGCUCCAGGACAUGUCCGCGCUCGACAGCCUCCUCGCGAGCGCCGCGUCGCUGCUCGUCUACGGCUCCGUCGCCUUCGCCUGGCAGGCGACGCCCCUCGGCAGCGCCCUCACCGCCGGCCUCCUCGCCCUCUCCGCGACCCUCCUCGGCCUCACCAACUCGCUCACGACCAAGCUCAGGAUGUUCGGCUGCGUCGUCGGCGUCACGGACGUGAAGAAGUACGAGAGGCGGCUGUUCAUGGCCCAAGACAUCGUCCGGGAACGCAGAGCGGCAGGCGACUCGAACGUCGACUGGGCGCUAAGGUUGGGGUUGGUCAAGGAUGCGAAGGACCUGGGUGAGGUCAUACUGUAGGGAGGCCUUACUCUUGUCACGAGAGCGCUAUGAUCGCUGUAACGACCUAUUAUGCCCUGGGGUACCCCUUUGCGACUUCAGAAGCCUUUCGACUCCAUUAUGAAACGCCGCUUUUCGUUAUCUUUGUCGUAAUGUACUAACGCCGCGAGUGUUUGGACAUAGAGAUCCGCUAUAAUUUCGCUAAAUAUUCGGCUUGCGUGUAGGUAUUUAUCUUAGGGAGUUGGCAUUCUUUUCAGUUGCCUUGUGUCUAGCAUGUCUUGUAGAUCCCAAUAAUACUCGGCCAGGCAGCGGCCUCAGUGUUCAGCUCCGCGGGAUUAUGCUCCGCAAUUCUCCCCGGGCAGUAGCACACCGCAACGUUCGAGUCAACUAGGAAUCAAACGUCAACGGAGUCGUUCUCGU